AUGGCCCCCAACAAGAAGUCCAAGAAGGGUUCCGACAACAUCAACUCCAGGCUCGCCCUGGUGAUGAAGUCCGGUAAGGUCACCCUGGGUGCCAAGUCUACCAUGAAGACUCUGCGCUCCGGAAAGGCCAAGCUGGUCAUCAUCGCUGCCAACACCCCCCUCUCCGCAAGUCCGAGCUGGAGUACUACGCCAUGCUGGCGAAGACUCCCGUCCACCAUUUCUCGGGUAACAACAUCGAGCUUGGUACCGCCUGUGGUAAGCUCUUCCGCUGCGCCACCAUGGCCAUUCUCGAUGCCGGUGACUCCGACAUCCUCACUGGCACCCAGUAAGUGGGUGGGCUUUGAGGCGCGGACUGGGGGAGGCGAAUGCCUGUGA